AUGAAGUACUCGCUCCAAGAUAUGCCGCAAAUCUCGAUCAUUUCGAUUGGGAUUAACCUCCUGUUGAGCUUUCAUAAUCGUCCACCUACCGUACUAGGAGCCUUCCGACCAAACGUGUUGAUUUACCCGCCCCCCGAUCCUCCGCCAUUUGCAACAGGCCAGACGGCACCAGUGAUCGGAAUGGAGCACCUGAUGAAUAUUAAUAAUAUGCCACCACCUGUGUUUGGGCAGCCAGCACUUUACCCACAGGUUACACCAGAAGGAUUUAUAACUCACGCACCAGUCCACUUUGUGGACAAUUAUCAAAUUGAGCCAUUCGCGGGAAUUACCUAUAAUGGAAUCGUACCUCAUGCAAUACAUGAGCCCCAUACAAUAGUAGAAAACCAUUAUUCAACUCCACCUGUUCUGGUUCCUGGGACCGGAUAUCCACCAGUUCCGGCUGGGGUGGGGUAUCCGCCAGCCAACCAGUCGGGAUACUUCCACACAGCUCAAUACCUUCCUCAGGUGAGACGUGUAGCAAAGCUCUCAGCAAAUGCACCAGAUUUUGUGCCGACAGCAUUACGUGGUAACCCCCCCAAACAAUCCCUGGGUGUUUUGGCAUAUAGUUCAGGAACUGGAAGGCCAGAGGUUAGGCAAGAUGCAGGAGACUGCAGCCAUCAGAGCAGUAGCUCAAAAGAAUCACUCACCAAUUCCAAGCUUCCCAAAGAUGAUGGAUCUUGGAGUACGCAACCAAAAUCAGCUGAGAUUGACUCAGAGGGGGGAGCAAUGGUUCAGAAAUUGGCUGGAUUGCCUUUGCUUCAAACUAAAAAUUUGAUUGGAUCAUCAUCUAUUGCAAAUGAUGCUAAGGGGAAGUCAUCUUCACCUACAGCCUCUGGAAAACUCAAGACUGCAGAGGGAUCUGAAGUGGCAUCAGUUGAAGAGGUCAAAAGCUUAAAUGAGCAUGAUAUUCAUCCUUAUAAAGAGGAAUCACAGAACAAGAAAAGAGUUGAAAAUGGCCAAAACCAAGAUACACAAGCCUCAGAAAUGCAAAACAGUGUAAGAGAAAAAAAAGAGCUACAGAAGCUUAAAGAUAUUCCAACCAUUGAUCAAGGAAAAAUGGAUGUAGAAAGUAAAGAGCUCCAAAUUGAUUCCCAAGAGGAGCCCAAAAUUUGGAAUAUAUUUCCAUCUGAUUUGAAGAAACCAGAACUGAAACCUAAUUCCAAAGAGUUGAAUGCUGGAAAAUAUGGAGAUGAGGAAAUUGAUGUGCCUCAUGAUGAUGCUAGAACCAUAGGAGAUAUGGGAGAAAGCUCAAAAAUUGGGGCAAUAGAAACUGAGAAAGAAGAUAUUUCAGGAACAGCAGAGAAACCCAAAUUAAUUUCCAAUAGUCAGGAAAGAACCACACGGAGGAAACAAAACAAAAAGUUACAUUCUCUUUUGCAUUCACAAAUUUCAGGUGUUGAAGAGGAGUUACAAGGAAAGCAACCAGAGCCUGAGAAGGAGGAUAUGGGAAAAACCAACCAAAACAAUAUGUAG